CAAAAGAAUAUCCAUUUGAUGAUGAAACAGCUUCUAACUUUGCCAACAUUCAGGAGUAUUGGGAUUUUUCCCUUGAUAAAGUUUUUUCAAUGGCACAAAUUUCUGAUGAUCAUAGACACAAACAACCAAAUUCUUGCGAUAUUGAACAAAAAAGUUCUGAUGUUAUAGAUUUAGAAAGUUCUGACGUUAUAGAACUAGAAACUAACAAAAAUGAAGAAAUGAUUAUUGAAGAUGAUUUCGAAUCAAGUAAAGCAGUUCUUAAAGAAUGGUCUGAGAGUCUUAUUUCUGAAGAAGAAAGCAUAAAAGAACAUGAAAAUUUGUUUGGAACGGAUGAAUUGGAAGAAACAGAGGAAACAGAAGUUUGGAUUGUCAGAGAAUAUAGAAAAACAAUACUAGAAAAGGAAAGAACUAAAAAAUUAGAAGAAACAAAAAGAUUGCUAGAACUGGAAGAGAGAAAAAAAGAAAUAACUGGUGUUAAUGAAAUUGAUGAUGUAGGCGGCUUGGAUGAAAAGGCAAGAUACAAAGCACAAAAAUUGCAUGAAUUGAAACGAACCAAAAGAGAUAAAGAACAUAAAAU